AUGCAUCCGGCUCCGAGUCUGGUAGAAGCGCCUCCGAAGAACGGCAGUGAAGAGUCUGGAAACAGACCUUCAACCGGCUCGCCUUCCAUGUCGCAACAUGACCAACCCCAAUCGCAACAGACUCAGGCUCAACAGCCGCCUCAACCUCAGCCGUCGCCGCCGCCGCAGCAGCAACAGCAGCAACAGCAGACCACACCUCAGCAGCAACCUCAACAACCCCCUCCCACUCCUGGCCACUCGGCCUCUCCCCCUUUGAGAAAGGACACCAACUCGUCCAUCUCAACUCAGGCCACCACGGCCUCCGCUGCCACCAACAUGUCCGCGGAAACAAGCAACACAUCGUACAGUGCCGACACCUCUCCUAACUUAACAUCCAUAUUCCAUGUAAAGGAUGGCUCCGACGUCUCUAACCGGGUCCGCGCGAGCAGGAGGCGAACCGGUCCUUUGUCCCAGCAACAGAGAGAGAAAGCUGCCCUCAUCAGAAAGCUCGGCGCGUGUAACGACUGCCGCCGCAGAAGAGUUGCUGACAGUCUGAUGCGCCUCAAGUGUCAUCCCAGCCAUCACAACAUGACUUGGGAGGAUGCUGUCCGGAAAUAUCACAGAUCUCACAGCCCAACUAUUCAGGAUAUCGCUCCUUCGUUGUCUGCUCAACGUCCGCUUAGUCCUGCGCCCGUUCUUAAUAACAAUGUGAAGCCAAUGUACACCCAGGAUCCUCAGGACAUGAUGGAUAUCGACUCGCCUACGCCGUCUGGGCAGCAUCGGUUGAGCGAAUCUCGCAUUCGCACGCCUUUGCCCUCUGGCCCACGUUUAGACAAGCCACCGAUGCUCCCGGGUAUAGAAAGUCUCAAGUCAGACUUGCAGACCAAUGUUUCUAGAAUUCUCUCUACCCCCAGUCGCAGUCGCUACUCUAGUGCACAGGCGUUAUUACUGUAUUGGCAAGAUGACCCUGACCUCAGUGUUGGAAAUUCGGUCAAGGAGUUGGGUGAGGUCUUUGACCAGUACUACCGAUAUACGUUUUCGAUCACGACUAUUCCGUCAUCCUCGGAAACUUGCAAAAGCCCCUGGAGAUGGCUCUCACGGAAGAUCACCGACUUUGUGGAGGAUCGCGACCAGCGCGAUGUCUUGAAAAUUGUCUACUAUAACGGCCACUCCUAUUUGGAUGGCAACCGGGAGAUGGUCCUUGCUAGCUCCAAGGAUAAGGACAAAGCCGAGACAAUCCGAUGGAGUGGAAUCCAGCAGGUGUUGGAGGAAGCUUGCUCUGAUACACUGAUCAUCAUGGAUGCCGCCUUCUUCCCAUCCUCAAAAAUGCACAGGCAACAUGGUGUCCUGGAAUUGGUCGCCGCUGCAGUGUCUGAGGAACACUUUGAUGCCCUGGAUCGCUGCACUUUCACCAAGGUCCUCACCGAGCACCUCAAGACCCGCGCCUCUCAACGUUUUACCAGCCCGUUCUCAGCAGCCGAGCUUCACUCAAAGUUAUUAUCUACCUACCCUUCUCUUGUCCAGGAUAAGAACCCGGAAAAGGAGACCAUCACCAGUUUCCCCUCGCCGUUGCAUAUGCAGGUGUCCGGAAAUGCUCGGCUGCCUUCGAUUCUUCUAGCCCCGCUGAACAUCGGUCCUAUGCGGACGAGUCUGCCAUUUGGUACGGAGGGCCAGCAGCUCGUCUUGUCCAUCCGAAUAGGCGAUGACCCAAUAGAUGUCGAUACCUGGACUGAAUGGCUGAGGCUAAUGCCUGAAGGAAUCAAGGAUGUGAGGGUCGACGGUCCUUACCGACCGGCAAGGUAG